CGUUCCUGUCAUCUCUGUGACGUGGACAGUUGUUUCCACUGGUAUUUUAAAUGAAAUCUCAUCCCAGCAUAGAUAACUGCAUCUGGAACCACGAUCUACCCUGUGAUCUGUCACUUACACACACACACACACACGUGGAACAGUUUCCAUAGAGAGGGAGUAGCAGAGCCCACUUAGGAGCAACACCAGAGAAGAAGGAGCUGCCACCCCUCGGCAGGGAGAGCUUCAAGGGAUGCGUUAAGGGCAGAGUGCCCAGCCCCGCAGCUUCGCCCGCUGCCCGGAUCAUUUCCAUCAGCCUGAGGACCACUCCCCGGGAGAGAUGCUGAUGCCAGCACACUUCCUGCUGCUCCUGUUACUGCUCCUAGGGGACCCAAGAACAGGCCUCUCCCAUAAGUUCUACAAAGCUGGGCCUGUCUUCGGCUGCCGCAACACAGCCCUGUCCAAGGUCAAGGAGAACCAGAUGGAGGAUGUGCCCCUUCUCAGCAAGAAGAGCUUCCACUACCUGCCCAAGCAAGACUCAUCUUCCAGAGAGGAAGAGGAAGAAAAGCAGGACAAGGACAAAAGGACUUUUCCUGGCUCUGGGGGUGGGGGUAGAGCGGGAAGCACCAGGUACAAAUACCUGUCCCAACCUCAGCAGAAGAAGAAGCUGUACCACGACAAGGGCAAAAGUGACCAGCGCACCAAGUUUACACUGUCCCUGGAUGUUCCCACUAACAUCAUGAACAUCCUCUUCAACAUUGCCAGGGCCAAGAACUUGCGAGCCAAGGCGGCUGCAAAUGCCCACCUGAUGGCACAGAUUGGGCGAAAGAAGUAGACACAGAGGCCCCAUGGGAAAGCAGCACAUCAAGGACAUGGGUCAAGGGCAGAGGGUGAGGGCGGCAGCCGAGGCUGUCACCUCCAGCUGGUUUGCACUCGAAAGAUCAGUUCAGUUUCACAGGCUGCGUCACUGCUGAGCCUUCUUGUCCUUCUAGCUCCACUCCAGUUUCCUCUCUCUGUACAAAUGUGUAGAAGUCCAGUAUUGUUCAGUCUUUGCAAACAUUAGAGGUUGAUGUCUCUCCCUGGAUUCUGUGUCUCCUUUCUUCUUCACCAUGGCAAAAGCCAAAGUUCACGCAUUUCUCCCCUCCAAAUAUAUCCCUUCUGGCCACAUGCCUGAGAAGACAGAGUUCAGGGCUCCUCUCCUCUCUACACAUCAACUCUUGCCAUGAGAAGGUGCACUGUCACCACCUC